GGCGACUGCUCGCCGAGGCGCACUCGCGCUCCGGGCUCCGGGCGCGUUGGUCGGCUCCACUCUGCGGCCCCGACUGCCCCUCAUCCUCGUCGUCCCGCGUCCCCGCCGGAGGCCAUGGGCCCGCGCCGCGAGCGCCGUCGCCGACCGCAGGCACCGGAGCCCCGGGGCGGGCGCUGACGCGGGCACCGCUGCCAACUUCGCGAGGAGCUGCGGGCGGCGCGGGCGGCAUGAAGACGAGCCGCCGCGGCCGAGCGCUCCUGGCCGUGGCCUUGAACCUGCUGGCGCUGCUCUUCGCCACCACCGCCUUCCUCACCACGUACUGGUGCCAGGGCACGCAACGGGUGCCCAAGCCUGGCUGCGGCCAGGGCGGCGGCGCCAACUGCCCCAACUCAGGCGCCAACGCCACGGCCAACAGCACAGCCGCCCCCGUCGCCGCGAGCCCAGCCGGCGCGCCCUACAGCUGGGAGGCGGGCGACGAGCGCUUCCAGCUGCGCCGUUUCCACACUGGCAUCUGGUACUCGUGUGAGGAAGAGCUCGGUGGCCCGGGUGAAAAAUGUCGCAGCUUCAUUGACCUGGCCCCAGCUUCAGAGAAAGGGGUGCUGUGGCUGUCCGUGGUCUCCGAGGUGCUCUACAUUCUUCUGCUUGUGGUCGGCUUCAGCCUCAUGUGUCUUGAGCUCCUCCACUCCAGCAGUGUCAUAGACGGGCUCAAGCUCAAUGCCUUUGCUGCGGUCUUCACGGUGCUCUCAGGUCUCCUGGGAAUGGUCGCACACAUGAUGUACACACAGGUAUUCCAGGUCACCGUGAGCCUCGGUCCUGAAGACUGGAGACCUCAUUCCUGGGACUAUGGGUGGUCUUUCUGCUUGGCCUGGGGUUCAUUUACCUGCUGCAUGGCGGCGUCCGUCACUACGCUCAACUCCUAUACCAAGACAGUCAUUGAGUUCCGGCACAAGCGCAAGGUCUUUGAGCAGGGAUACCGGGAGGAGCCGACCUUCAUAGACCCUGAGGCCAUCAAAUACUUCCGGGAGAGGAUUGAGAAGGGGGACGUGAGUGAAGAGGAAGACUUCCGUCUUGCCUGCCGUCACGAGAGAUACCCCACCCGGCACCAGCCACACAUGGGAGACUCCUGGCCACGGAGCUCAGCUCACGAGGCAGCAGAGCUAAACCGUCAGUGCUGGGUCCUGGGGCACUGGGUGUGAUGUGCUCCAAGUGUCCCUGCCUUCCUGCCAUCACUGGCACAACACCCCUCCCACAGAACAUGGAAGCCUGGUCUCUGUGCUGUGGACUCAGCUCUCCAGUCACGGAGACACCAGGCCUAGACUGCCACCACUGCCUGGGUCUCAGGGCCCCAGAAAUCGGUCAAGUAGGCCUGAGGAACUGUCCAGGUGGCACAGAGACUCAGAGACAGUGGCCACUACCACACCUAGAGCCCCACCCAGCUGGAAAGCCAGGAAGAACAUGGACAUUGACCACUGGAUGCUGGACACCUACAACCAGUAACAAAGUCAAGCAGGUGCCAAAAGGGGCAGGGUCCUGUGGGGACAGGGAGCAGGGCUUAUUGAGGGAGAGGCAGUGUCUGGGGCCACACAGCAGGCACACAGCAGGGGCUCAAUAAAUACUUGUUGAAUCUGUUCUCUUGCUAUGUAUGGGCUGGCUUCCCCCAACCCCCCACUGCUAUUACCUUACCCAAGAGGUGUGAUCCCUGGGCAUUGAGAUCAGGGCCAAACUGUUGGGAUGGGCUAGAGUCCAUCUCAGCCUGGGGAAGAUGGAGACGGGUGGGCAGAGCAGGAGGGGAAGCCAGGAGCUAGAAGCAGCACAUGUGUCUAGGAACUUCAGCAAUGUGACAUCACCCAGACCCUGGGGAUCCUUUACCCUGUGUCUAGGGCCAUUUUACAUAAAAUCUCUGGCUCAGCUGCCUGGGAAAAAAACAAUUCCUGUCUUGACUGUGAGAGCUUGGGUCCAGAGAGGGAAGUUUCUUGCUUGACAUUAGAGGUGACAUGCGGGACUGUGUGUUUAAAUCAGAGGCACUCCCAGUUGAGCCUAACCCUGCCCUGAAGGAUUGGCAGACCAAGGCAGAAUGUGGUCUUCUUCACUCAUCCACCCAUUGCCCAGCCAUGACCCAGCAUCCCGUUAGCCAACCAUUUAGCCAGCAUUCAGCCACUGUCAUUUACCCCAGCCACUCAUCUAUACACAAUCCAUCCACUC